GCAAUCCUUAUCGAACCCGUCAAAUCUCUCCCAAUCUUAUCAUCGCACAUCCACCCUCCUCUCGUCCUUCCCUCUUUGUCUACCUUACACUAUGGCGACCACAUUGACUGACGACAAGCGUCCCCAAUUACAGCCCGUUUGCCAGAACUGCGGCACCUCCACCACGCCUCUAUGGCGUAGGGACGAACUCGGCUCCGUGCUGUGCAAUGCCUGCGGCUUGUUCCUCAAGCUGCACGGGCGGGCUCGUCCGAUAAGCCUGAAGACUGAUGUGAUCAAGAGUCGCAAUCGCGUGAAGACUGGGCAGGGCCCGAAACGCAAGGCCCCGUCGACGCCAACGGUCUCGCAGGACAACCCGAUGCGGGAACACCCCCUCUUGGCUCCCAUGGCUACCGUCGCGCGUCGCGUAAGAUGUCUCCGGGCCACUCGGAUCGCUCGAAUUCCCCCCUUGUCGCGAACGGAGACACCUGGCUUUGCCGCCAUGCAGAGCCACAACUCCAACAUCGCGCCGCAGCACAUGUUCGACAGUGUCACUCGGGGCGACGGUACCUUGAACUCUUCCGGCGGUCUCCCUUCCCUCCCGCUCCGGCAACCUUCUCCCUCCGCCGUUGAUCGCCAGCUCGGCGAAUCUCCCCAGACAUACGAGAGCCUCUUGGCCCUCAACACCUCUCUCAAGACACGCGUCAGUGAACUCGACUUGAUCAACGAGCUGUUCCGCGGUCGUGUCGCGGAGCUCGAGCAGAGCGACGCGAGUGCGCGCCGAUCGGAGAUGAUCGCCCGCGACUCCGAGGCUCGCUUGCGCCGGUCUCUCGACGAGUCUCAACGUCGCGAGGAAAAUCUCAAGCGACGCGUUGAAGAGCUCGAGCACCAAAUCAGUGCCGGUGGUGACGACAACUCAGAGCCCCAUGCCAAGCGGAUUCGACUGGCGGAUAUGGUAGAACAGUCGCCGGAGGGGUCGCCGUCGCAAGUCAAAUCAGACUAA